CAAAACACAAUACAAUUCAAUCACUCAUUCAAUUGAUUCAUGUUUUCUGAAGUUGACGUCAAAAGCAAACUAUCGUUCACUUGAUUUCGGUGUCACUUUGGGAUCAAUACAUCCAAAAGAUUACCACAAAAUGAGUUUCAGUUCGGAUGAGGUAAACUUCUUGGUCUACCGAUACCUCCAGGAGUCGGGUUUCAGUCACUCGGCGUUCACUUUCGGCGUGGAGUCACACAUCGCUCAGUCCAAUAUCAACGGAGCACUCGUACCCCCGGCAGCACUCCUGUCCAUCAUCCAGAAGGGCCUGCAGUUCACUGAAGCAGAGAUCAGUAUCGGUGAGGAUGGCAUUGAGCGUCAGAUCGACUCCCUGUCCCUCAUCGACGCCGUUAUGCCCGAUGUGGUCAGUACUCGACAGCGGGAGCUCAGCCAAAGAGCCGCUCAAAGCGCUGAUAAGAAUGAUGUGGUGAUGGCUGAAGACAACACCACGAAAGCCAACGACGACUCCAAUGUGAACAACACCGCCAACGCAUCCAUGGGUGGCUCACAAGCGAUGACAACCGCCAACUCGAUGCAAGACAGCACUAACAGUGCCAUAGAGAUCCCCGCCUCCAAGGCUACCGUUCUUCGCGGCCACGAGAGUGAGGUAUUCAUCUGCGCCUGGAAUCCGGCGUCUGAUUUGUUGGCCUCGGGUUCGGGCGACUCGACGGCCAGGAUCUGGAAUAUGAGUGAAUCGACACAAACGGCACAACAACUCGUGUUAAGACAUUGCAUCCAAAAA